AUGGAAAUCGUCUGGCGCAACGGCCCAAGCAAAGAGAACUACGAGCAGGAGCGAACAAAGCGACUCUUCAACACCGACAUCCCCGCCAGAUUCCCGCUUGCCAUCGCCUCUGCUCGUCGCGAGCAAGACGUCGUCGACGCAGUUAACCUCGCGAUCUCCAAGAACUGCCGCAUCUCCGUCCGCGCCGGAGGCCACAGCUAUGCCGCCUGGAGCGUGCGAAGCCACGCCAUUCUGCUUGAUCUCGGUGAUUACCGGGAAUGCGGCCUUGACGAGAACGACGUCGCCUGCGUCUCACCUAGUGUUACCGGGCGGGAACUGCAUGAUUUCCUCUUAGCGAGAGGACGCUUCUUUCCUGUCGGGCAUUGUCCGGAUGUUGGGGUUGGAGGGUAUUUGCUUGGUGGUGGGAUGGGCUGGAACCAGCCUAACCUGGGAUGGGCAUGUGAGCAUAUAGUUGCCGUCGACGUGGUUACUGCCGCGGGAGAACGAAAGAGAGCCGAUGCCCACCAGAACAGUGAUCUCUUUUGGGCUGCGCGAGGCGGAGGACCGGCUUUUCCAGGGAUUGUUACGCGCUUCUAUCUGCGCACAUUCCCUGCGCCUGGUAUUAUGCGGUCAUCUGGGUAUAUCUAUAGUGUUGAGCAUUAUUCGACGGUUUUCAACUGGGCCUUAGGAAUCGCCGCAACAUUCGAGCAUAGUAUCGAGAUCGUGGCUAUCGGGAGCUAUCAAACCGGAAUCGAGACCCCCUGCAUUACAAUCGCACUUCUCGCAUUCGGUGAUGACGAAGAUCCCAUAAAGACCCUCCUCCAAGGCGUGGAGAAUUCCCACCCAGAUGGCGCAGUAUCUCACUGGUUCUGCCAGGAAACCAACCUGGCCGAACAGUUCGAGUUCAAAGCGAAAGCCUACCCUACUGGCCACCGCUGGUACGUCGACAACGCUUUUGUCCGCAACGACGUCGAUGUCGCAGCCAUUCUCCAACCCGCCUUCACCACCUUACCGACUCGGAAAUCGCUCGCGCUUUGGAGCUCUAUGAUCCCGCUUAGUCGAAGAGGCUUGCCGGAUAUGGCGCUGAGUCUGCAUUCUGAUCACUACUUCGCAGUCUAUGCCGUUUGGGAAGAUGAGAGUGGGGAUUCGAGAUCUCGAGCGUGGGUCGAUGAGAUUAUGGAGUCGGUUGGUGCGCAGUCUGUUGGCUCGUACCUGGGCGAGUUGGAUUUCCGGUCGCGGCGCGCGGAGUAUUGGGGGAAAGAACAGCGGACGCGGUUGACAGAGAUUAGGAGGAAGUGGGAUCCUGCGAAUAGGAUAUGUGGAUGUUUGGGGCUGGAGGGGCUCGGACUCAGUUAA